CGGGGCGUGCCGGGGCGGGGCGUAGUGGGGACGGUGCCUGGCCUGGGGCGUCCUGGAGAAGCCUGGGCCUGUCAGACAGUUCCCUCCGGGUCUCGGCCACAGCCGAGUUCCGUCGAGUUCCGUCCAGUUCCGUCCCGGCUCUGCUCACAGCUGCGCCCUCAGAGCGCCCAGCACCUGCGGCCGGUCAGACAGCGCGAUCCUGCAGCGCCUGGCCGUCCCGGAUGCCAUGGCAGCCGUCGCCGUCUUGCGGGCCUUCGGGGCGAGGGGGCCCAUGUGUCUCCGGCGCGGCCCCUGGGCCCAGCACCCCGCCCGCUUCUGCAGCCGGGACCCGGCCGGAGCGGGGCGGCGGGAGUCGGAGCCGCGGCCCACCAGCGCGCGGCAGCUGGACGGCAUAAGGAACAUCGUCCUGAGCAAUCCCAAGAAGAGGAACGCGUUGUCACUUGCAAUGCUGAAAUCUCUGCAGAGUGACAUUCUUCAUGACGCUGACAGCAACGAUCUGAAAGUCAUCAUCAUCUCGGCUGAGGGGCCUGUGUUUUCUUCUGGGCAUGAUUUAAAGGAGCUGACAGAGGAACAAGGCCGUGAUUACCAUGCCGAAGUAUUUCAGACCUGUUCCAAGGUCAUGAUGCUCAUCCGGAACCACCCUGUCCCCGUCAUUGCCAUGGUCAAUGGCCUGGCCACAGCUGCCGGCUGUCAACUGGUUGCCAGCUGCGACAUUGCCGUGGCCAGCGACAAGUCCUCUUUUGCCACUCCUGGGGUGAACAUCGGGCUCUUCUGUUCUACCCCUGGGGUUGCCUUGGCAAGAGCAGUGCCUAGAAAGGUGGCCUUGGAGAUGCUCUUUACUGGGGAGCCCAUUUCUGCCCAGCAGGCCCUGCUCCACGGGCUGCUCAGCAAAGUGGUGCCAGAGGCAGAGCUGCAGGAGGAGACCAUGCGGAUCGCGCGGAAGAUCGCGUCACUGAGCCGCCCGGUGGUGUCCCUGGGCAAAGCCACCUUCUACAAGCAGCUGCCCCAGGACCUGGGGACGGCUUACUACCUCACCUCCCAGGCCAUGGUGGACAACCUGGCCCUGCGGGACGGGCAGGAGGGCAUCACGGCCUUCCUCCAGAAGAGAAAACCCAUCUGGUCACACGAGCCCGUAUGAGUGGAGGCAGAGGAGUGAGGCCCAUGGGCAGUGCCCAGGAGCCCGCCCUCCCCUCUGACCCCAACCCCACACUGCCUCUCAGCUUCAGCAGGCAACAGACGAGCUGCUUCUGUGACUUGAUACUGGUGUCACAGCAUUUGGCCUACAUUAAAAGCCACGCUUUCAUGGUGAAAGACAAAAUGGGGAGUGACUGAGGUGCUGACCUCGGUGCAAGGCUGGUGAGCCCUGUAGCGGGCCAGCUAUGGCAGGAAGCCUGGCAUUUGGGGUGCUCCUUACAACAUCUUAAGCCAGCGACCCCCUGACAUAGCAGAAGGUGACAACCCAUGGAGGCAGGAAAGAAGGACACCAGCCUGACCCUUAUCCAAAACCUCCUCCUAGGUGGAGUUAAUCCUGGCUGCUCAGGAGAGGCAACACAUUUCAAAUCUCCAUGAGAUAUUCUCCACGCAGAAAAUCUUCUCGAAUCUAUAGAGACGUAAUCAUGCCUAUGGCUUUGAAUAAUCUUAUGUGAUUCAAAUAAAUUUAAUCUUUACAGAGA